ACUAUGCGUCAAAAUUUUGACAUUGACAUUAUAAGCGUAAACUUCUAGGUUAUAUCAUAUGGUCAAUGGUAUUUAAAGCUAAUUUUGUGACUGUAAAUUUCGAUAUAACAAAAAAUUUAGUGGAUAAAUAAGGAAUAUAUUUUCAUACUAAGAUAUUAUAAGUGUAAACAAUGGGAGAUAUUUUGAAAGAUAGCAGAUUUGCUAAGUAUCUCAAUGACCCCAAAUAUCGGCAAAUACCAAAACAUGAAAGAAAGGUUAAGAUAGACAAAAGAUUCCAGUCUAUGUUCAGCGAUGAAAAAUUCAAAGUUAAAUAUACAGUUGAUAAACGUGGAAGACCCAUUAACGAAACUUCCACCGAAAAUUUAAGAAAAUAUUACGACUUGGAGGAAUCUGAUGAAAGUUCUGAAAGUGAUUUGGAAAACAAUGAUAAAAAACUUAAUGAAGAUUAUGAAGUUAUACCGGGGCAGUUUGUGAGGCGAUUAACCAGUAACGAUGAGGUAGAAAAGCCAUCAAGUUUUAAAAAUGACAAGUUAACUCGUGGAAGUUUAGAGAAAAAAAUAAAGAACAGACUGCUUGAUUUAGACAUUGAUUAUGCACGCGGUGAAGGUAUUUUACUAUCUGAUAGUUCAAGUGAUGAAGAGAGUAGUGCGCCUGAAGAAGAAAGUGAUCUUGAACAUGAGUGGGGAGAGUUAGAUGCAGAUGCUGAUAAAACAGAUGAGUCGACUAGAAGAAUAGCAAUUUGUAAUAUGGACUGGGAUAAUAUAAAAGCAUCAGAUCUCAUGGUGCUUUUAAGCUCAUUCCUUCCUGCAGGUGGAAUUAUACACAAUGUCACAAUAUAUCCAUCUGAUUAUGGACUAAAGAGAAUGCAAGAAGAAGAGGUCCGUGGUCCUAUUGAGUUAACAGAAGAAAAAAGACAAUAUGAUGGUUCCAAUGAUGAUGGUGGCAAUGAGGAAGGUUCUUCAUAUCAUAUGGAAAAAUUACGUCGUUAUCAAUUAAAUAGGCUCAAAUAUUACUAUGCUGUUGUGGAAUGUGAUUCCAUCACAACAGCUGAUAAAUUGUACAGUGAAUGUGAUGGUAUUGAAUAUGAAAGCAGUGCUACACGACUAGAUAUGAGAUUCAUCCCUCAUGAUGUAACAUUUGAUCAGGAACCUCGUGAAGUUUGCACUAAAUUACCUGAUUUGACGAAAUAUAAACCCAGGCUCUUCACAACAACAGCAUUGCAGCAAGCUAAGGUUGACUUGACUUGGGAUGCAACCAACCCUAAUAGGACUGAAACUAUCAAAAGUGCACUGGAUGGUAAAAUCGAUGAUCUGGAUCUCAAAGAAUACCUAGCUUCUAGCAGUGAAGAUGAAAAUCCUGAAGUACAUGAAGUUGAUUCACAACCAGAUAGUGGAAAUGAAGAUCCAUUACAAAAAUAUAAAAUGCUCCUAGAGGACAUAGAAAAAAAAGAACAGAAAAAGCAGAACAAAGAUAUGGAAAUGGAAAUAACCUGGGGCUUGGGAGUCAAAGACAAAGCUGAACAGCUUGUGAAAAAGAAACUUUCUGAAGAAAAUAAAAACUUAACUCCAUUCGAAAAACUGCUGCAAAAGCGGAAGGAAAAGAAAAAACAGCGUAAAUUAAAACAACAAAAUCCUGAGAACCUCGGCAGUGAAUCUGAUGGCGACUCUUCAGAUGACGUUCCAUCUGAUGUGGAUAUGAACGAUCCAUAUUUUGCAGAAGAAUUUAAUAAACCCGAAUUUAGAAAUAAAAAGUUAAAGAAGAAAAUGUCAAAAGAAAAGGAAGAUGUAGAUUCUGAGGAGGAGCGAAAUAAAGCUGAAUUAGAAUUAUUGCUAGACGAAGACGACGGCAAGCAACACUUUAGUCUUAAAAAGAUACAAGAAGCAGAGAACACAUCUAAGAAAUCCAAGCGUAGGAAAAAACUGAAAGAGAAAAUGAAGGAGCAAAAAGAAGCAGUAGCAGACUUCGAAAUGAACUUAAACGAUCAAAGAUUUUCAGCUGUGUAUGACUCACACCUUUUCAAUAUAGACCCCACUGAUCCUAAUUUCAAGAAAACAAAAAAUAUGGAAAAACUUAUAGAGGAAAAGUUAAAACGAAGACCAGCAGAAACACCGACAACGGCAUCGGAACCUAAAAAGUCUAAGGAAGAUAUCGAAUUAAAUUUGUUAGUGAAAAAUAUUAAACGAAAAACGAAAGGCGUUGUAAAAAAUAAAUAAAAUUACGUAAUUUGUUAAAUACAUUUUUU